UCUUCCUCCAAACCGGUUUAUCAUGAAUAACAUUAAAAAGAACAAAAGAAACUUUCAUUUGGUUCACUGUAUACCUAAGUGUGUAGGGUAUAAAAAUUAAUAGAUAGUGAAUAUUUUUUAUCUUAUUAUAACUUAUCAAAACUUUUAAUAUUUUAAUUUUUCGAAAUAUUAUUAUAAUAAUAAAUAAUUGUGACUCAUAUAUUUUGUACAUUAUAUCUCAAAUGAGAAAAUUAAUUAUCUUUUUUAUUAUGACUAUAAUUCAUUUAAUUUAUGGAUUAAACAAUGACAAAUAUUAUCCAUCAAAUUAUUCUAGAUAUGAAUUUAUUUUACACAAAUGCAUAGCCAGUGCUCAAUUAAAUACGAGACAAAAUAAACAAAUAUCAAAUACUAAUUCAAAUAAACCUAUUGAAAAUCUCUUACACAAAGCAUACAUUCCAAUUAUUAUGCGAGAGAAGAAUUCAACUAUUUCAAAUGUAAAAUUGAAUAAUAAUCAUUUAUUUAAUAAUUCUGAAACAAACUACAGCAAUUUAAAUGAAAAUCCAUCUUUCAAAAAAGAAAUAAAAAAUACACCUUUAAGAACUUUAAAUAUUAAAUCAAUGAAAAAUUCAUCACCUAUAUUUAUAAAAAAAGAUUUGUUACCAGAACUUAAAGAUGACACUAAUAAAAUUAAAAAUUCAUCUUUUGAUUUUAUAGUUAUUAAAUCAACAAUAUAA